AGUCAAUGUAACUUAAUAGCACAGUGCAGACACUGCGUUAAGUCUGUCGAUGGGAGACGCUCUCCCGUCGACUUAGUGCUUCUUAACCAAACCCCUUAAAUCAAUGCGGCUUAGUGAAGACAAACACUAUGAAAUGCUUGUUUCUGCAGGUAUUAAUCUCACUUUUAAUUGCUAUAUCCCAUGUUUAUAAAGUAAUAUUUGUCUGUUCUGAAACUACAUGCCCACAGUCAGGAGGGAUGCAUUACAAGUGUGAAAUACUAGUUUGCCCCAGGGCGUUCUCUCCUGCCCAACAAAAGAAGGCCCAUGAACACCAGCCAAACCAUUAUGGAACAUCAGAAGACAAAAGACUUUGUUGAUUGCUCCCCUCAUACCCAGGAAGAGGAGACAUGCAGGUGAACUUGUCCCAUUGUUAUCUUGAACUCUGAGUGCCCGGAAUAAAACUCCUGACAAGAAGAAACUGCCUCUUUUUGUCUGUGUGAACUCAGAAGGGCCAGAGAUUCUAAACUGAAACCAGCUAUCUGCUUGCAAAAUGUCUGGUCUCGGCAAGGGCGGAAAGGGGCUGGGUAAAGGAGGUGCUAAGAGGCACCGUAAGGUCUUGCAAGACAACAUCCAGGGUAUUAUGAAGCCGGCGAUCCGCCGCUUGGCUCGCCACGGUGGGGUGAAGCACAUCUCGGGGCUGAUCUACGAAGAGACCCGUGGGGUGCUGAAGGUUUUCCUGGAGAACGUGAUCUGCGAUGGGGUGACCUAUACCGAGCACGCCAAGCGGAAGACGGUGACGGCAAUGGAUGUGGUGUAUGCUUCUUAACCAAAUGUAUGCCCUGAAA